UUCUUCGGUCGGAACCAGACCUGCGGUUCCCAAGGGCGGUUCGUCCCGGUUCUGACGAUAAUGGGUCUCUGCUAUAAAUUCGUUCUCAACAACAAAAUAUCGAACUCGGGUUACUUCAACAACUUCCACGCGAGGCUCCACAACCCGAAGUCACACCGAGAGGAGCGGGGAUGGAAGGUCUUCCUAGGAGGCCAGCGAGGUGACCCCGUUAUCAGAGUCACCACUAACGCCAUGACCAUACGCCCCGGCUGGGAGCCGGACAUCCAAGUUUUAGUGAAGGAGUUCAAGACCCUGCCAACAAAAGCCGACCCAUGCGCCAGCGACUCGGAAUACUCACAACUGGACUGCGAACUGGAGAGCUUCCAGGAGGUUCUGGAAGCCAAGGGAGGAUGCUGGCUGCCCUUCAUGACGGAGCAGAGCCUUCAGACGAUGCCCAAAUGCCUCACUGCCCAAGACUAUAACAGCAGCCUGAGACUCGCUGACCAACUCCUGUUUUAUGGGAACUGGACCAAAGAUGGCUGCAGUUGCAUGAGUGCCUGUGACGACGUAACCUACGAGGCUUUUACUGAUUCCAGGGUAGACAAUACCUCUACAACGACGAGAGUCAGGAUCUUCUACAACGAUCUCACAUACGAAGCGGUUCACGAAGACUGGGCCUACAAAAUUAUAUCUUUCAUGUGUGAUGUUGGUGGCUCCCUCGGUCUACUGCUGGGCGCAAGUGUACUGACCUUCAUCGAGAUCCUUGAAUGUGUCAUCGUUUAUUGUUCUCAGUCUUGCUGUAGCAAGAAAACCAAGGCCUUAAGUAACACUGGCCAUCGAUCCUCAAGCGUCAAAAGUGGCCAAAUAAACCCAUCAAACCCAAUAAAUUAUUGACUCACGAGGCUGGGGAAACAAGGGUCAGACUGGGCAGACGAAAACCAGGAGGAUGAUGAUGUGGACGUCCCUCCCGUCUCCUCAUCUUGUACCCC